UCUUCUUCACUUCUUCACACGGCAGACGCUCAACGCACUGAAAACGCGAACAAAAAGAUACUGAGAGCGGAGAGUGCCGAAAUACAGAGGCUCCACAAGGCUUGGAGGAGAGCAACGAUCGGUGGCUCCUUGGAAGCGCCGUGGAAAUAUUACAUUUUUUUAUGUGAUAAAGAUCAUGGAGUUGGCUUUAAAUAAAUCAUCGUCCUGCGCCGACUGCUGCAGUGACUGCACCCUCAUGCCCUGCUGCUCUGCCUCGGCCUGCUGUGACGUCAACUGCGGUGCCAGCUGUGGACUCAUUCCCCCUGAUCCUGUGCGAUACGAAUACCAAGAGCCCGAGGAGAACUUUGUAUCCAUUGAUGAUGCGAAAAUCAAGGGAUUAUUAUGGAGGAUCGGGCAACAACAACAGCAAAAGGAGUUGGAAAUGAAGAGGAAACAAGAGGAGGAGAAAAAGAAACGGGAAGAGGAACUUAAAAGGAGGGAGGCGGAGAAGCGAAGGGUUGAGGAGGUGAUAGACUUGGAUCUGGAGGAUACACAACAUCACAAGGGGCUGAUAAUCAGUGCAGCCAGAAGUCUCGCUUCUUGGAAUUGUUCCAUAAACAGGAUAUCGCCAGACAUUGAAUUAGUUCCCAGACAGGAGCAAAGGAUCGUGGCCGAAAUCGAGCUGAGUGACAGUGAACAGGAGGAGGAUCCUAAAAGUGACAAAAAUCUAGUGAGAAGUCUUCCUUUUAGUGGAGUUAGUUGCAUUUUAAAGGACCAGGAAGGAGGAGGUCCGAAAAAGAGUCAGAAUCAAGAUCAAAUCAUAACACUCCAGUCUGAGGAAGAGGAUCAGGAUCAGCCCAAAAAGAUUCUUAAAAGGCGGAAUACUUCCGCCAGGUGGUCAGCAAAGAAGAGACGUCCCUAUGUGAACCGCAGAGGACGUCCCAUGUACGAGUGUCCUGCCUGCGGGAAGAAAGUUCAGUCCAAUUAUAACCUGCGACGGCACAUGAUGAUCCACACCGGUGAACGUCCUUUUCCCUGCGAUUUGUGCGAACGCCGGUUCCGGGAGUUCAGUGAUUUGAAGAAGCAUCGCCGGAGGCAUUCACACGAUCCCCAAUACAUCUGUAUGAUCUGUCAUUUGGGACAGCCUUUGGUGCAGGACUCCACCAGGUGUGCCGACUGUGAGAGCAAGAAUCUGAUGAUCAAGCCACAGCCAGAGGAUUUGGGAAAUAAAACGGGAGAGGAGCAGGAGUUGGAAGAUGACGAGGAGGAGGAAGACGACAUGGAGGAAGAAGACACGGAGGAGCUGGAGCUGGAACAGCCCCAACCUGUAUUACCACCAACAUUGAUGGUGACUUUAAUACCGGCCACGAAAUCUCUACCAGAAACAGGUUCCUCAUCCAGGCUACCGAGCCGUCCACCACUUCCACCCAGCUGCAGCAGUGCCAAUUCCUCAUCAUCUUUGAGCAAUGAUGGGAAUACAUCGACCAAGCCGAGAAAUCGGAGCCGUCGAUCCUAUCCAUGUCCGCUAUGCCAUCGUCCCUUCGGAACCCGCCAUAAUCUUAAACGCCAUUAUAUGAUCCACACGGGCGAAAAGCCCUUCAGUUGCUCCAAGUGCAGAAAACCGUUUAGGGAGUGCUCCACUCUUAAGAAACACAUGGUCACCCAUAUGCGAGACCGCUGGUACAAGUGCCUCCGGUGUCCAUCAAAGUUUCGCGACUACCUCGAGUACUCCGAUCACAAAGAGAACCAUCUGGAGGAGUUGAGGAGCCGGAAAUCCUCGACAUACGAGAGUGAUGAGGACGAGGACAGUUCUGUGGAGGAUUGGCUAGAGUGCUGCGAGUGUCAGCAGAGAUUCACCGAAUUGGAUGCCUAUACAGCGCAUUUAAAGAAACACGAUUUGGAAUUAUACGGAAUGAGUGUGGAUGAUGUUGAUGAGGAGCGGGAGGAUGUGGAUAUUGCUUAGAUGGUUUAGAAUUUAACUAAGACGUUAA